AUGUCAUACAAAGAACCAGCAAAGAUAACAAAACAUCCAGUAGUCGGAGGCAAGGAGCCGAAAAGCGGGGGGAGUACAGCGACAAAGUCGACAACAUCGCUUAGAAAGGGCCAGAAAAAGAGAAAGGAAACUUACCACUCGUAUAUAUUUAAAGUGCUUAAACAAGUGCAUCCAAAUUGUGGUAUAAGCUACAAGGCCAUGAGUGUCUUGUGUUCAUUUGUAUCUGACUUAUUCGAAAGGUUGGCCGGGGAAGCGUCCAUUUUGGCAUCAAAGAAUGGAAAGAGUACAAUUUCAUCACGAGAGAUACAAACUGCUGCCAGGUUGGUUUUACCAGGCGAACUUGCAAAACAUGCCAUCAGUGAAGGAACCAAAGCUGUCACAAAGUAUGCCGCCACCUCUGAUUUAAUAGCAGAGCGCAUCUAA